AUGCAGAAAACAGUGAUUCUGGUUUCCCUGCUGGUCCUGGGGUGGUCAUGGGCCCUUCAGGGGGUCCCUGUACUCCCAGAUCCUCUCUACACCACACAGGAGAACUUUAAUCUGGCCCGGUUUUUGGGAACAUGGCAUGAUGUUGCUGUGGCAAGUACAUGUCCCCAUAUGCGACGUCCUAGGGGAGAGGCAGCCAUCGGUAAAUUGGUACUGCAGAGAGGCACCACUCAAGGCAAACUCAAAAUGACUCGAACUGUACUCAGACAAGGAACAUGUAAGGAGAUGUCUGGGGACUAUGAGUUGACUACUACUCCAGGACGAUUCUCCUACCAUGUUGCCAAGUGGAGGGCAGACGUGGAUGCCUACGUGGUUCACACAAACUACAAUGAGUAUGCGAUAGUGAUAAUGAGCAAACAGAAAUCAUCAGGGGAUAAGAGCACCUCAGUUAAGCUUUACAGUCGAACUAUGGCUGUGAGAGACACUGUGCUGGCUGACUUCAAAACACUGGUCAGACAACAGGGAAUGAGUGAUAACACUAUUAUCAUUAAGCAGAACAGAGGUGACUGUGUUCCUGGAGAGCUGGUGGCAGAGCCCUCAGCUCAGCCCGAGCCUCAGCGGAUGAAAAGAAAUGUGGUGCCUUCUUUGGCUCCUGCAGACGUUGAGGGUUCUGGUGAUGAUACACCUCUUUUCAAUGGAACCGAGGCCUGUAAAGCAGCACCAGAUACAGGACCAUGUUUUGGGAUGCACCAGCGUUACUACUACAACUCAUCCCUAAUGAGCUGUGAACUCUUCAAGUACGGAGGGUGUUUGGGCAACCAGAACAACUUUGAAAAUGAGAGAGAGUGCCUGCAGAGAUGUCGCACUGAGGCUGUGUGCCGUCUGCCCAUGGCAGCCCAACCCUGCACAGGCCAGCCACCCAUCUGGGCCUUUGACUCCACCGUUGGACUGUGCGUGCCUUACAAACAGGGCUUCUGCCAGGGCAACGCCAACAAGUUCUACAGCAAGGCCGAGUGUGACGAGUACUGCGGGGUGGUGAAUGAUGAGGGAGAGCUCCUGAAGGCAAACUGAGUGAGGAAUGAGGAAACAUCGCUGCUUAUCAUGAUACAAAGAUGCAACAUGAACCAGCCAUCACUUAAGGGGCACAAUAAAGUAACAUGAUGUUGUCUCGGCACUCACAGGAUAUGUGAAGUUAUACUACAACAGAUCAGUAAUAAAACAAGUCAUGACUCUG